AUGCACUUCUCUAUCGUCCUUCUGACUCUCGCAGCCACUGCAUCCGCCAUAGAUAUCAGAGGCUGGACUGGCAAUAGCUGUAUUGGGUCUUAUACAGCCUGCACAGGCGUCAACCCCAACAUAUGCUGCGAGUUUAGCCAAUCGUCAAGCAGCAACAGGGUCAGCAUUUCCGUGACCGCUAUCCCAAGAAGCUGGCGCAUUCAAGGCAAUUCUUGGACUGGUGGCCGCUGCAGAUAUAUCGCAACGUCUCUGAACUCGGACGGCGCCUCAGAGAUAUGCUUGUCUUACACCUCGCGUGGCGACCGUACGGGCGGUAGCUACACGUUUCUCAGCCGUAAGCGCGCCGAAGACGAGUCUUGUCCCGCCGAGCAGCCAGAUGGCGGCAGGUGUGAAGCCAGCGUCAAGCCCGACAUCCUCGGCCUUGAGGAUGGCACUGUGUACAACAUCGCCGGCCUGACGGAUGAGAAGGUGGAGGAGCUGGAGUCAAUUGCCAUGACUGGUGCUGGUGCCGAUGCUGUGCCCGCCGAGUUCGAGGUUCUGAGCCGCCCAACCCAAGCUUGA